AUAUAAAUAAGUUACAUACUGUAGAUAAAGCGCAGUGACACUAAUUCCCGAGUACAAAAACAAUGAAAACCACCAACACAAAAAUACUGAAACCAUACCAAAACCCACCACCCCGGAAACAUCCAAACCCACUACUACAAAAACACAAAAAAACACACCUACAAAAGACAUGGUUAAACCAGCACAACUUCGUAAAGUAAAAUCUGGAUUUCCUAAAAACCAUUUAUUGUUUCAUCCAAACUAAUUUCGUAACUUGUUUCCAAGGACGGAAGCCAUAGUUCGCCUGCCGCUCUCCAUUAAGAGCGAGAUGGGUCGACUCCACGCGCUAGAAGGGGAUCUCCGAAAGCUAAAACGUUCCAUUUUGCCCCUAGUUUACUUCCGCACGCAGAAAAUCCUGUCCGCAUUUCCGAACCGGGUUCUCCAACCGAUCUUCGAUUACUCCACGGUUUCCAUCGACGUCUCAGAUUUCCCCGGACCCUUGACCGAGCUAACCUUUUGUGGGAGCAGGAUUCUCGAACUCCACCAUAUUUUUGGUCUAAUGCCGGGAACAAAUGGUGCCUACAUCCUGCAAGCAUUUGGGUUCGAUAGCCAAUGGCCACUAAAGAAUAUUGUUGGGAUACUCAGAACUUCUGUUCUCUUUAAAGAUCCAAAUAGGGUCCACAAAAUCCUGCAUGAAGAGGCAUUACAAAUGGUGACCCGGGUGAAGGAGGCUGCCAAGAAAAACGGGGGUAAGGUUGACCUGUCAAAUGACUCAUUCGAAUAUGUCACAAACUCGUCUGCCCGUGUUCUUCUGGGAGUCCGGCCCCCACCCGGCACGCUGGAUGACCUCCGACAACUCACCGCCCUUGUGAACCGCAUCCUGUCCUUCUGUUACCUCCUCCCCCACUGUCUGAUCCGAUUCUUCUUCCAAUCUCGGCUCAACAUGAUUACGAACAGAAUCGUUACGCGGAUUAGUCCCAUCGUGGAAGAGUUCCAAACAAAUCUGGACCUGGAUUCCAGUAUCCUGCUCAGACGAGCGGCAGAUUGGAGACAUCCCGAAAGCGGGGAACCCUUCAGCACGGAGGAUAUUUGCAGAGCUAUCGUCUGCCUGCUCUACGUCAGUUCGGAAAGCUCCACGGCGGGAGUUUCGAACACAAUUUUGGACCUGGCCUCAAAUCCUGAAGCCUACCAUAAAUUUCGAGAAGAAACUGGCCCAAUUUUAAGAGCGGGUCGGCUGGACGCGCUGGUCAAGGAUGCCUACGUCCACGCAUGCGUGUUGGAAUCGGCACGAAUGAACGUUACCGCUCUUCCGGUCAACAGGGAAAUUAAGAAUAAGAAACAUAUCGGAGAUUACUACAUUGGAGACGCAGACGUAAUCGCGGUAUGUGCCGAAGUUCUACACAACAAGAAACGAGCAGGAGACAGAUUUUUCGAUAAUCCGACAGACUUUCGGCCAGAAAGGUUUUUAAGCAGUGAAAAUGGGACAAAAAUGAUGAACCCAAUGGUCCUAAUGUCGUGGGGGGCUGGCCUUCACAUCUGCCCGGGUAGAAACUUGGCCCAAAUGGAGAUCAAAAUCGGCGUCGCUGUUCUCCUAGAACACGUGGACAUUGACUUGCCAAAUAUAGAAAUCAUGGGACCCACACUCUUCUCAAAUGCAGCGCUAUAUCAGCGCGACCAUAAGUUAAACAUUAAAUGGUAAAAGUAAAGUCGUAAUAAAUAUUUAGCAGCCGAACACAUGUAUGUAAAGUGCGAUUAA